CACGUCUUUAUUGUUCAUUGAUGUAAUGGCGUUAAAACAUUUAUUUCUACACAACAAUUCCUGCAUUCCACCACCACCGUCAACAUCGUGUUCCUCUCGCCACCAAAAUGCAUCAUCAAUUACUACUAAUACAAUACUUCAACAUCCAAUUUUAUUGUCAAAGAAUAUUAACAAAUAUAAACCUUUGUAUUUCCCUAAUAAGAGGAAGUUGAAUACUACUAAUAUCAGAUCCCAAUUGAAUUAUCCAAUUAUUUCUCCACAAGAUCAAUGGGGUACUUGGACUGCUCUCUUUACUGCCGGCGCUUUUGGCAUUUGGUCGGAGAAGACCAAGGUUGGGGGUGCACUAAGUGGUGCACUAGUAAGUACACUGGUUGGUCUCGCCGCAAGUAACUUGGGCAUUAUAGCUUGUGAUGCGCCAGCAUAUAAAAUUGUGACAGGAUUCUUGCUUCCGCUUGCUGUUCCGUUGCUGUUGUUUAGAGCCGAUAUGCGUCGAGUAUUAAAGUCCACUGGAACGCUGCUCUUGGCUUUUUUGCUUGGAUCAGUUGCAACUAUUAUUGGGACUGUGGUGGCUUUUUGGAUGGUUCCGAUGCGAUCACUUGGUGAAGAUGGCUGGAAGAUAGCUGCUGCUCUUAUGGGAAGACACAUAGGUGGAGCUGUCAACUAUGUGGCUAUUUCCGAAGCUCUGGAGACAUCACCUUCAGUUGUUACUGCUGGGUUGGCUGCUGAUAAUCUUAUUUGUGCAGUAUACUUCACAACGUUGUUUGCAUUGGCUUCUAAAAUACCCGCUGAGGCUACUCUAUCAGCCACUGAUGACAAGAUUGACGGGGAACCACAAUCUGGUAACAAGCUACCCGUAUUGCAGACUGCUACUGCUCUUGCUGUGUCCUUUGCUAUAUGCAAAGCUGGAGAUCUUUUGAAUAAGCAUUUUGGUAUUCGAGGAGGCACCCUUCCCACUAUUACAGCUAUUGUUGUCAUUCUAGCAACUUCAUUUCCCAAGCAAUUUGCCUACCUUGCGCCUUCUGGUGAGGCUAUGGCAAUGAUUCUGAUGCAGGUAUUUUUUGCAUUCAUUGGUGCUAGUGGGAGCAUAUCAAGCGUUCUCAAUACGGCACCCAGUAUAUUUCUGUUUGCUUUAAUCCAGAUUGCGAUACAUCUGGGUGUGAUACUUGGAGUUGGGAAACUGCUCCGAUUUGAACUGAAACAAUUACUCAUAGCAUCAAAUGCAAACGUAGGAGGCCCAACAACAGCUUGUGGAAUGGCCACUGCUAAAGGGUGGAUUUCUUUGGUUGUUCCGGGCAUUCUUGUUGGUAUUUUUGGUAUCACCGUUGCAACUUUUCUCGGUAUGGCUUUUGGGGAGUUCGUCCUUAAACUCAUGUGAUUUUGGAUAGUGGACCUACUGAAGUGUAUCAAGAACAGAAUUAUACCGUGGAACAAACGUUUAUACACCAAAAGCAUAUCAUUCUGCAGACAUAAUAUGUCUUGCAUGUGAACGCCCUUGGGGUCGUUGGGUUGGCAUGGUAAGGAGAUUUAAUCGCCCCAUAAAGUCCAACAUUAUUGAUACAAUGUUUGG